GAAGAAUCUUGCUGUCUGCUGUCCCUCAGCCCUUUGACGCCCAGUUGUAUUUGCCCCACACUGGGCUUUGGCCCAGGAGCGCAGGUGACCGGUUGGGGAGGGAGUAGGCCGCUAGCCUGGGAAUCGCGCGCGUGCGCACCACGCUCACCCUCGCCGGAAGUACUAUCCUGAACCCGCGGUAAUGGAAGAGCUCCGCGGCCCCGAAGCCAGUCUGGAGCCACCUGAGGUAGUCAUGGCUACCGAACCCCCGCCACCCUCCCUUGUGGAUCGAUACUUCACUCGCUGGUAUAAAGCGGAUGUUAAAGGAAAACCCUGUGAGGACCACUGUGUACUCCAGCACUCUAACCGAAUAUGUGUCAUCACACUGGCAGGAUCUCAUCCCGUUCUUCAAAGUGGCAAAACCAUUAAAAGUAUUUCCUAUCAGAUCAGUAACAAUUGUAGCAGACUUCAGAACAAAGUGUCUGGGAAAUUUAAGCGGGGAGCACAGUUUCUAACGGAGCUUGCACCUCUGUGUAAGAUAUACUGCUCCGAUGGAGAAGAAUAUACCAUAUCGAGCUGUGUCAGAGGCCGGCUGAUGGAGGUGAAUGAGAGCAUCCUUCAGCGGCCUUCACUCCUUCAGGAAAAGCCGUCCACUGAAGGCUACAUUGCAGUUGUAUUACCCAAAUUUGAAGAAAGUAAAAGCGUGACAGAAGGGCUGCUGACACAGCAACAGUAUGAAGAGGUUGUUGCCAAACGCGCUAAUGCCGCAACCACCGCGCCCUGAGCCCUUCGAUGGCGGCAGCACUGGAUUCCCACCCUACCCAGCCUAAACCAUCAGGGCACUAUAGACAGCCAGUGUGUAGGAAGUGUUCCUCACAGCCGCCCGGCUGCGGAAGAAGCCUAGGCCACCACCUAACCUAAUGUCCCUUAGUCCUAGCAUGACGAGCCUUGGUCCCAUCUGUGUAGGCUCAGAUCUGCCUUGCCCAGGUACUUGCUCUGUGUGCUGGGAAGUGCACCCCUGGGUGUUCGCUUGCGUAUACAUCAGAAAACAACUUCAAGUGCUUUUUUUUUUUAACCUUUGUUAAGGACAGUUUCUCAUUGGCCCAUGUACUUCCAGGGAGGUACCUGUGUCCUCUCCCUCCCAUCUUCCAAGGCUCAUAUUAUAAGUACACACCACCAUACCCAGCUUUAUAUGGGCCUAGAAACCCAAACUCUGGGCUUCAUGCCUUCGAGGUGUAUUAGUUACUGUUGAGUUGCUAUGAUAAAAUACCAUAACAAAAAGCAACUUCAAAAGAGUUUCUCUCAGCUGGGCGGUGGUGGCACACACCUGUAAUCCCAGCACUUGGGAGGCAGAGGCAGGCAGAUUUCUGAGUUCGAGGCCAGCCUGGUCUACAGAGUGAGUUCCAGGACAGCCAGGACUACACGGUGAAACCCUGUUUUGAAACUCCCCCCCACCUCACCCCCAAAAAAAGGGCUUCCAGUGCCCUUGAUCACCACGUCCACAGCAGCUCUAUGGUGUUACUUCUAGGCUCUUGUGCUGUCUUUCACAGAGCGGAGGCUUAUCUGAAAGGAUUCUUGCCUUGACCAACUCCCACUGGAGCAAAAGACUUGUUUUUAACUCUGAGUCAUGCGUCAUAUACCAUAGGCCCCUUAUCAUCUCCUUGUCCCUUCAUACCAGCCCUCCACACUUGCAGCAACCCGCUCCCAAAAUAAAAGACACAUACACAAAAGAAAGCUUAGAAAGUAGUCUAUCAGAGUGUGUCCCACAGUCUAUACCUCUCCCUAUGCAUCCUCAUUUGCAAAUGUUCUUGCAAUGAAUGGGUGGUCUGGUUCCAGAUCUCUGGCUUCUGUGACACCAUCAACAUUGCGGCCUCAUCAGGAUGUUAUUCUGUUGUUGCUCUGUGCCAUGCUUUGUGUCAGCAGGACUGGCCCUUUCACAGAUGAAAGAGAUUUGGGGGUGGGCCAAUUCAGAGCCCUAGGCCUGGGCCGGGGUGGUCACUGAGCUGGUCAGCAGGCCAUCUCUUCCUUAUCUGCACCACCAGGAGGAGUACUCUACUGCCUGUCCACCUGCAUGCUAGAAGAGAGCAUCAGAUCCCUUUACAGAUAAGUCAUGAGCCACCAUAUGGUUGCUGGGAAUUGAACUCAGGACCUCUGGAAGAGCAGUCUUAACUGCUGAACCAGCUCCCAAGCCAACCAGGGGACUUUUUAAUAGCACUAAUCUCUAGUACUAGCAGCUUUUCCCAAUUCAUGCCUUCAGGCCAUUAUUAAGUCAACAUUAAGCUUCCCUGUGGUCUUUUCUCUGAGCUGUACAUUUGGUAUUUCCCCCCAGCAUGUUGGUUUUCAUGGAUCAUUUCAUGUCUUGAAAUAGCUAAUGCCAGAGAAAUUGGUCCAUUACUUUUCAAUUCAGCUUUGGAUAGAAAGCAACCAGAUUCUUUGUCAAAGGGUCACAUAAAUGGCCUCUACCUACUUUGCUAAUAGAGACUAUUUCCCUCUAAAGCCCCAGGAGCCAGGCAUGUACUGUCUGUAUUACUCAUAGUACCACAGUCAUCUAGUCUCAGAACAGCAAACACUGUCAUAGUGCUCUUAGCAUCCAACUGUUCCUUGGUCCACAGUUCCACACUUGUACAUUCUUUAAAAAAAAAAAAAAAUGUUCACAUAUUUUCACAGCAACACCCUCACUUGUUGGGACCAGCUUCUGCAUUAGUUGCCUAUCUGUUGCUAGGAUAAAACACCAUGACCAAAAGCAACUCAAGAAUUUAUUUUGGCUUACGGUCUCAGAGAGCUGGAUGCUCCUGGCAGCAGGCACAAGACUUAAACAACCACAUCAGCACACCCUGGAAGCACUUAAAGUCCAUAACACCCCCGCAGCGCUAGGGACCAAGUGUUCAAAUCCUGGAGACCGGGGGAGUGGUGGGGAGGGAUGUUUCCUUCAGUCUACCGGAGGCAAUCGCUUUACUGACUGAGCCAUUUCCUCAGCCUCACUCUGUUCUCCCUCGCUGCCCUAACAAAUGGUGAAUAAGGAAUACUUUUCUGAUUAAGAAACACAAAGCUCUUGAGAAAUAUUUCAAGGUUUUACAUUCCUGUAACCAGGGAGUAAACUGUCCAUAAACUGUGGCAUACUUACCACUUCUGCCUCAACUUUUUAAAAGAGACUUUAUGUGUAUGUUUUUCUGCAUGUAUGCAUGUGCAUUACAUGCAUAAAACACCUGUAAAUGCCAAAAGAAAACAUCAGAGUCCUUGGAAGUGGAGUUAUAGAUGGUUGUGAGUCAUCAUUAAGGUGCUUAGGAAUAAACCCAGAUUCUCUGGAAGAACAGCCGGUGCCGUCAGCCUUUGAGCCAUCGCUCCAGCCCCUCUCUUCAAGUAUAAUUUUAACAGUUUGACAUUUUUUACAAAGACAAAAUGAACUGUCUGCCCUUCCCAAAUCUGCUUCAAAGUGAAAUGACAAAGUCCAGCUUCACCCUUCGCACUGUGGCUUUCCCUCUUGUUGCUAAGGAGAGGCAGGAAUGUGGAGUCUGCCUUCCACUCUGCAUAGGAAAGCUUUGAAACCGUCCAAGGGCUCUUCCAGCAAAUGGGAGAAUCCUGCUGCAGUGUCAGUCUGGCUCCUGCACAUACAUGAUUCCAACUCCAUCUUGCACACUUUAGUGACAAGGUACUUGAGUGAUGAAGGCACUUGAGUCAGUCAUCCAGAGACAUAGACAUCUUAGAGCAGAACAAAAUUUUUUACACUACUAAGCUACAAAAAUAGCUAUGAAGUUCUGGCUUUGGAUUGGACAUUUACCCAGAAUUUAAAACAAAGACUUUAAAUCUCUAAUUUUUUUAAGGGUGCAAUAUGUAAUAACUGUCUAUGCCUUGUUUUUAAUGAAAUAAUUUUAAGUGUAGCCAAGCAAAGUUUACUGAGAAGAAAGAAGUAGCUCCCUGAGAAUAGGAGGGGACAAAACUGAAUUUCCCUUAACAGUUCUCACAAUGAGAAUCUGAUCUGUAAGCUCGUCUGUCCUCGUGAGAUGGUGACAGCAUGUGACCUGUUCCCUCACCCCCUUGGCAGCGAUAUUGUAUUUUCAGAUGUGUAAAGGUAUUUUGCAAUUAUUUGUAAAAUUUUUUUUAUUCUUUUAGUUCAUAAGACAAACUUAUAACCUGAGGGUCAGCAUUGACUGUCCCUUAAUUAUGCCACCUACAGGGAACAUGCUAGGCUGAAAACUAGCGCCCAGCUGGGAGUAGCAGGAAGGAUUCUCAGAGACUCAUGCUGUAAGUCCAUAUCUGUUUCACUGCUUCUAUCUUUCUCUGCUCAUUUUAUUGCAAAUUAGGAGAAUGUUUGCUUCACAGACUAAAAACCACGCUAGAGGCACUUUCAAAUGCAGCACAGAAAGCAGUACAGGUUGGAAUGGCACUUUGUAAUUUUAUCACUGGUCCCCUGCCCCCAAAUUUUGAUAAUGGAUCAAAAUUAAGCCAGUCUGUAUGAAUUCAGUUUGACCGUACAAUUUUUAUUGAGUUGUAUAUUAUCACAUGUUUAAUACUAAUUAAUAAACCCUAUUUGUUGUCAAAAAUAAUAGUAUUGUCACAUAUCUGAUGGUCCUUACAGUUUUUUCAAGGAAUCUGCCUUAUUACUAAAAGAGGAACACUGAGAAUCCAGUGAAGGUAGCAUUCUGCUUCUCAGUUUAAACAGAAAUCACAGAAUUUUCACUCACACGUGUUUUGUAACAAUCCUAUUUCACUGAAGAUGGUUCCAUUCAAUCAUUCCCUGUAACAGCUGCCUGCAAGAUUAUGCUUUUGAAAGGCUGGUUAUGUUGGCAUCUGUGACCGAAGUUCAAGGUGUGAGAUGUCUGUAUAACACGUGCUGGGGCUGCAUAUGCGCCCUCACUCCGCCCUUGUUCUGAUAGUGUGCAGUACAGCAGAUAACUGGGCAAUCUGGGCAGCCUUUUCCUUGCUUCCUUACACAGCUUACAUGGUAAACAGGUUACCAGCAAAGUCAUUUCCCUA